AUGUGUAUUUUUCGCCAGUCAAUAGAAUCUCGCUAAGGAGCGAGCGUGUGCACUGAAGAUUGAAUUUAAAAAUAGUUUAAAGUAAUAUAAAGAGUAAUUUUCUAGUUAAAAGUAGAAUUGAAGAGGUUUCGUGAUAUUUGGACUGAUACAUUUCUGGGGUUUAAUUAAAUACAAUCAUGGGCAAAGACGACAAAGAGGACUCCGGCUUCGGGUUCAAGGACAAAGCGAAGGCCGAGGAGACCCUUCGCUUGUUAGAAGAGCACCCGCUUAACUACAGGCGCCUCACCGUGAGAGGACUGCUUGGGAGAGCCAAGAGGGUGCUUUCAAUGACAAAAGCAGAAGACAAAAUAAAGAACAUCAAAGAAGCAAUGCAAGUGUUCGAGAACUGGCUAGAAGAAUUGGACAAAAACAAAGAACAGAAGACUGAUAAGAAACCGGAAAAGAAAGAGGUGCCGAAGAAGAAGGAGAAGGAAGACAAAAAUGGCGAUGACCAGGAUUCCAGUUCAGACUCCGACGUGGAGAUGGAAGAGAAAGCCAAGAAACCUGAACUGCCCCCAGACACAGUCCCAGGGCUGGGGUUCAAGGACAAGGAGACGGCUGACGGCACCCUGAAGGAGCUGGAAGGCCGAGACCCUGAUUACCAGAAGUUGGCAGUAAAGGGCCUCAUUGGGAGGGCGAAGAGGGUUCUGACGUGCACCAGAGAUGAAACCAAGCUGUCUAACAUCAAAGAAGCGAUCUCGAUAUUCGAGAAGUUCUUAGACGACUUCGACUCGAUGCAUCUGAGCAAGCAAAACAACCCGUACUUAAGUCUGGGCAUCGUCAAGACCGCUGCCAAGCUCACUGAGAACGUGACAGAACAGCAGCAAUCCUUCAUAGCCGCGUACUCGUCAGUCAACGGCGAGUACAAACGCCUGCGGACAGUCACCGCAGCUAAUGGGGAAAAGACGUGGGACAUCGUGCGGAACGCGGCGCUUAAGGAGCUGAAGGAGAAGCAUGCAGAAGCGAAACUCUUCAACGACAAAGAUGAACCCACAACAGAACAUUUAGAGAUGAUGCUAUGGGCAUACUCCCCCGAGGCAGCUAAAGUCAAGAAGUACGUGCCAGAGACUAAAGAAGACAAGAAAGAAGACACCGAGAAUAAAAUAGAAGAUAGAAAGAGACGAAGCAGCGCGAGAAAUGACGACGAUUCGGCUAGCAAGAAAAAGAAGGAAUAAGUCUGUAAUAGGCAUUUACUGUUUUGAAUUUAUUAAAUGUAAUUAUUUUGGGA